UCUCCAGAAAACAUCCCGUCUAACAGGAGCAGUCGUUGGUAGUUUAUGUUUCCUAGAUUAGCAGACGAAUAAUCCCAUUGUAAUGUCUAAAGACGUUGAUGUGGACUUGUUGACUACCUGCCGUACAUGCCUAGAAGUCAACGUCGAACGUAAAGGAUAUAUGGCCUUGUUUACACCCACAAAUUCUUUGAAGGUGGCUCCAAACAAUGUUCUUGUGGAGUUAGACUCUUUCCAAUUGGGGAUAACCAGAGAUGAUGGUCUCCCACAACAAAUCUGCUCGAAAUGCCGUGAAGCAUUCUCAUCUAUCAAUCAGUUUAGGAAGCAAUGCGUGGAAGUGCAGAAGAAGUUAGUAACAUACUUUACCCGGGUCGACCUUAAGCCUAGGUCAAAUGAGGAAGAUUCACUCGAAUCCCUGACCGUCAAGUCGGAGGAGACUGAUCCUGAUACAAAGAAGAAGUUGGAAAACAAGAACGAGGAAGAGUGUAUUUACGAAAUAUAUGAGCAUGAACUGGUUGAGGUUGAAAGUUUAGAUGGAACGAUUAAGUUAGAAGAGCCCAAUGAAUCGAUUCAAAUAUGUGAAAGGGAGGAGUCUGUGACGGGAAAUCUCCAGGAAUCAGAGGAUACUUCAAUGGAUGAAUUCAUAAUUAUACCGACAGAAGAAGACACAACGGUAAACGAAAUCCCAAAUUAUAUAGAAGUCAUUGAAAAUUCAACGCCCGAAAAAAUAGUUACUCAUUUAAUUACCAACACUAGCUCAUCAAAUACUCUAAUAUGCUGUUUUUGCAACAAAAGUUUCGAGUCAUCAUCAAGUCUCGAAUCCCAUUUAGAAUCGUGUUUGCCGAAAAAUCGAUCAUUUGUUUGCCCGAUCUGUAAUCGUAAGUUCAAUAACGCUUCAAAUCGAAAUUCACAUUUGCAGUCACAUAAUGAGCUUGAUACGCAUAGAUGUGAUAUUUGCAACCAAGGAUUUAAGAGCAAAAUUUACGUAGCGAAACACAAACGGGCAGUACAUGAGACUGGCAAACAUGAAUGUUCGGUUUGUUGUAAAACAUUUACGAAUACGAUGAAGUAUAACUAUCACAUGCGCUCUCAUAAUCCUAUAAAGAAAUACAAAUGCACGUACUGCGAUAGGUCGUUUAUGCAACUUCACCAUUUGACGAAUCAUGAAAGGACACAUACUGGAUUGCGUCCAUUUCUGUGUAACAUUUGCGGUAAAAAUUUUAAACAGGAAUCGAACUUCAAGAUACAUUUACGGGUGCAUAGUGGUGAACGACCGUAUGAGUGCGAUAUUUGUGGCAAAAAUUUUGUUCAAAGAACUGCAUUCGUCAUGCAUAUGCGGCAUCACAACAAUAUUCGUCCAUAUCAGUGUGAAAUCUGCGGUAAAAACUUUAUUCAAAAGUCAACAUUAACUGCUCACCAACGGACUCAUACCGGUGAAAGGCCUUAUAAAUGUGAUUUAUGCGACAAAGCGUUCGUUCAAUCGCAUCAAUUGAAAUAUCAUAAGUAUUCGUCACAUAAUGGUCGGUCCGGACCAAAUAAAAAACAAAAAAUUAGGACAGAAGGAUCAUCAACAAAAGAAUCUAGCAUGGAAAAUCAUUCUGCUGAAUCUUUAGAAUCGUCUGAUGACCAACAAAGUCUCAAUCAACAUUUAUAUGUUUGCCAAAUUUGCUCGAGAAGCUUUAAGCUGCCAUCGUCUUUAACAUCUCAUUUAAAAUGCCAUUCGGAGGAGAGGAAGCAUGUUUGUAAGAUGUGCGGUAAUACAUUCAAACGCGCUGAACAUUUGCGAAUCCAUGUGAAUGGGGUACACUUAAAAAAGAAGCCGUAUGCAUGUAAUUUAUGUGACAAGACGUUUUCCCAAAUUGGUGAUCGAAAUAUUCACAUGAAAAGUCAUACAGGUGAUAAACCGCAUGCGUGUAGGUACUGCAAUAAAAGAUUCAAAUUGCAAAAAUCUCUUCGAGCACAUGAGCGGAUACAUACGGGUGAAAAGCCAUUUGUCUGUGAAAUUUGUGAGAUGGGUUUCAUUUCAUACAAUGCCCUCGCAAUUCAUAUCAUGAAACAUACGGAGGAGGAAAAGAAAUUCAUUAAAGAGAAGACGUUGCAAGAGAUGCAAGAUUGGAUUAGUAAAAACAGUAAUGAAACGAAGAGCUAAAAAGAACUUUAUCAGGAGAAUUGCACGAUUAUUGUAAUACCUUGAAGAGAAUCCUGUGUGAUUAUUAGUCAUUGUGAAUCCAGAGCUAGGGUGGGUAGUAAUAAAUGAAAUUUUGACGUACGCAAAUUUGUUUUC